AUGCGAAGUGUUUGUCUGCUUUUGGCAAUUGCCUCCGUUGCGCUUGGAUGUCGCUAUGGCACUGUUUCGAUUCCGGAAUGGCCCGGACAAUGUUGGAUCUUCCAGCAUCAGCCCGAAUUCCGUGACGGACAGUACCUGAAAUGCAUGAGCGAGCCUGGGAGCAUGAUCUCCAUCCACAACGCCCAACAAAACGCGAUCCUUCUCAAAUACGCCAAGCAGGCUUUCCCGGAUGGUAAGAUCUAUCUCGGGCUCGAGAACGUGCAUGCCGGACGUGACCUUGGCUGGAUCUGGCCUGACGGUACCCCGACUGAUUACAUCAACUGGGCUCAAGGUUCCCCGGCACUCGGCACUGCCUGCGCCGUUCUCAACCCCGAUGGUACUUGGUCCUCCAACGCCUGCGACCAGAAACUGCCCACCAUCUGCCAGGCCCGU